AUGGCAUCAGAGGAGGAACCGGACUCAUUAAAGAUAUAUUGGGAUCACUUCUUCAAAGCUGAGACUGGAACUUAUGAGAAAUCAACGUGGCUGGACCUCUUCCUGGCUGAGUUCCUUGUUCGUCUCAACGACGGCGUCGAGCCAAAGCACCUCAUUAAGUUCUGCCCGGUGAGUGGCGUGGUGACACUGGUGGGUUGCGAGCUGCUGUGCGGCAUCCACCGCGUCACCUCCAGCAUCAACACGCACCACGUGGCGCCGCUGGCUUCGCUCGACGCCUACACCGACAGCGAAACCUCACUGCAGACGCAACCGGAGUCCCAGACUUCCGAGUCAGGUCGGCUGCAGCCAACGAGUCUAUUCACGCGAGCCAACGCUCAGUCCUCUACCGAGAUCCUCAGGAAGUACCUCCUCGGUGGAGUUGCUUGGAGAUGUCUUGCGCUACUAAGAGUUUUAGGGGUGGAGGGGUUGUCAUGCUGUCGUCAGCUAAGCUCGGUGCUGAUCUGGUUGUUUGGCGAGCUGGGCGGCGGCGGGAGUGGCGGCUGUGGCGAGGCUCGAGGUACUCCGCAGUUGCGUGUGCAAGCGCCGCGGGUGCCCAUACACCAGCUCUUCUCGCACAGGAUAUGGUCCAAACAAAAAUCAAAUCAAGCAACAAAGACAAUGUCCGCUGGAUCCUCCGAGCGAAGCUCCGCCACCGGAAGGGCGAGACAGAACGGCAUAGCCAAACAAGAUACCUCCGAUAAUAAAGCGAGGAGGCGACCCGCGAUAGAUUCUGAACACUCCUCGGAGUCUGCUGACUCGAACGACGACCUUCAAAUUCUAAAUAGAUCCAUGACCAUCAAAGUGUGUUCGCCCGACGAUGACUUCGAAUAUUUCAACUCGCCGGUGCGCUCCUCCAAUGAGUAUCCUAGUGGAACACUUUACACUGACUCAUUGUGUACGUUGCGUAAAAUAAAACCAAAGGCGGACGAUUACAUGAGUGAUAAACACAGAGACAUUAUCAACACUGAAAUCACCAGUUUUGAGUUCACACUCCUAAUUACGGACCUGCUCCAAGAGCUCUGCAAAGCUGAGAGCAGCUUAACCGGUUCUGAAGGCUCACAGAUUUCAAUGCAGUGUAUAAACUUCUCUUUAAAAAACCUCUGUUCAUUACAAUUUGGCUCCUUGCCGGCUCAGUCGAACUAUAACAGCGAGGAAGUGUCCAGUAUAAAAUUGGCGUUAACGGAACUCUUGAUCGUGUCUCUAGAUAAAGUCUUGAUCCACUCGGAUCUGUGUGCCAAAUUAAUUAAUAACGGAAUCCUGCCGAUGUUACUUAGAAUUCUAGAAGAUGUAAUUUGUAAGUCUAGCAGUAAAUAUAACACGAGAGGGGAGAGUGCUGCCCGUACCAGAGAUGUAGAGAAACCAAGUGAGACUGAAGCGGAGAACUUACUCAAAUUUGUAUUCGGUAUAGCGUAUUCUGUUACAGCGUUCUUCCAUUGUUUGCUAAUGCAAUGUCGGACGGUCGAUAAGCUCAGAGAGUUCACCGAUCAGUUUAAACUUUACGGGGAAUGUCUGAAAGGCGGACUUUUGAAAGAAUGUAUAGAACUAAUGAUAAGAAUCCCGGGAUUGAAUCAAGAAGCGAGUGUUAUAUUAAUCAAGAAGUUAAUAGAAUCUAUAGGGAAGCUUGUCAGUGGUAUGAAACGAGUGCGCAGUGAGGUGAUACAUACUGCUGCCUGUCCGCGAAGUCGGCAUAAAGCAUGCAGGCAGAGGGUUGCUGCGGGCAUGCAUCAUCAUCACGACGUGCUUGGAGAAGCAGGUACUGGCUUGCCUCUACCCUCUGCAUGUUGCAUCUCAGUUCUGUACGGAACCUUGACGACAUUAGUCACUGAUGAGGAGAUUUCAGCUCAAAUCGUGUUGAGGAAUAAAAUACUCAGAGUAAUGCUAAAAUGCGGCGUGUGUUGUUGUUUUUCGCCAGGAUUCCUCAUGGAAUGUAUCGUCAGACUGAUGUGGACGCACAGCAGCGUUGCACCACGAUGUCUCCAGCUUCUCGAGCACACGGUCUAUGGCGAUUUAGGUGCUAGUAUACUGAUUCCACGUGUAACUGAUCAACUGCCGUGUUCUAUUUGUGAGCCGAGCGAUGAUAAUAGGGACUUAGGGAGAAAGUAUUGUCCUCACGGUGUCAGCCCGAUGGAAAGGAAGAGUGUGUGGUCUUUUCUAAUUCAUUACAACUCGUUGCUCCAGUUGGACAAUCAUAAUAACGUUCUUCAUGCAACCGUCAGCCACCUUCUCAAAGUAACGCCCAAGUGUCGCACGGAAAUGAAGUACGAGCUACUGUUUAGUGUUGUCUAUCCAACAUUUAUCGUCUCCAAGCACCGCUACAUUAUAAGACAGGAGGAGUCGGCCUACUUCUUGACCGUCUCCUGCCUCAACAUCUUCGCUAGCCUUUUGAACACCGUCUCGUUCGCCGAACAUUUCAUACAGAAAGGUGGCCUGAGUUAUGUCCUCGAGUUGGUGUCUCUUCCUGAAUUUUCCAAUCAAUGCUGCGCGAUUUUAGAAAUUGCCAUUAUUGUGGAGAUAUACAAAUUGAUGAAGGAGAACGCGGAGCUGACUUACUAUCGAGAAAUGAGUUCAUUGUCGUCAGUACAGAUGCUGUUUAAAUCUCUGUCGGAAAUGACCGACAAAUGCUACAAGAUAUAUAAAUUGAAACUUCCACCGGAGAAGUUCGAGGAGCUCUGCGAUUUAACGAAGGAGAAAGAAAUCCUCGCUACUGUAAUCAUCUCCAAUGCUGAGACUCGUGCAAGAAAAAUUUCAGUGCCUACACGGAUGACAUUCGCAUGCAAUGAGAAUACUGUGGAAAAAACAGGGGAAGAGGAUAUGAAUACGUUAAAGAACAUUUGUACGUUCUGGAAGACGUGCGCCGGGCUGUGCCUAUACAGUCCGACGUUCCGGCAAUAUGUGGUGAGCGAGAGCGUAUUCCUGGAUAGCUUCGCGCUGUUGAAGUUGGUGCUGCACUGCUUGUGUGAGUGUGAGUGUGGAGCUGCUGAAGCCAGGCUGCUCAUCAAGCUCAUGGAGGCUCUGCUGACUGUGCAGUUUGCCGUCUCAGAGGUGACCCGGGGCGGGUCGCGCGAGGCUAGCUGCGGCGUGGUGCGCGGAGCGCUGCGGGCCGCGGCCGAGUGCGGAACCACUGGCAGCGGUGGCACUGGCAGCGGUGGUAUUGGCAGCGCUGGUUACAGCGAUGGUGCGGGGCUUCGAGCGCUGUGCGACGCUCUCAUUGGCGUAGCGGUCGCGCGCCCGAGUCGACGCCUUGCGAUGCCGCGUCUCGCACCCGCUAAGUUGCGAUAUUUUGGAACAGAAUUAUUUCGAAGGUUCUUGCUGGCCUCCAAAAUUAAUUGGCUACUGCUCAUGCCGGUGCCACCACUGCAGUGCGAGUCUGGUGGCAGUUCGGCGGACGGCUCUUCGAGCGAAGACGCUGCCGGUCCAUACGCCAGCGAGCACAGCGAGCCGCACGCUCGCAAUGAUGACGGCUACGAGGCAGAUGUCGAGAUCGGCAAGCUGGACGCGUCCCAAGCCUACAAGUCACAGAAGCUCUCUGAUUCCAUAUCCGUUUUAAGUAGCCUGUCUGAUAACCAGUUCCCAAUGGAAGCUCUCAGCCUGGAAUGCACGAAUCAGGACAAGAGCGGUGAGCUGGCGCAUCCUGAGCUAUGCGUCAUAGUCGUCGAUAUUCUUACGCAGUUAAUACAGAAGGUGAUGGACGCGGAGGAGCAGGGUGCGAGCGGUGCGGAUGUUGCGGAGAGGGUGGAGGGUGGUCCGGAAAAGCUGGAGCGCGUGUGCUGCGGACUCGCACGAGCGCUGAGCGUGCGGCUGGCGGGCAGCGCCGCGCCCCCCGCGCUGCUGCGCGCGCUGCUGGCGCCCGCUGCGCGCCGGCUGCUGCGCGCCGCUCACGCGCGCCCCACGCGCACGGAACUUCAAAACAGUGUCCUCGAACUGAUCUACGUGGUGGCGUCACAGAACAUAGAACCACGCGAGCUAGCUGCGCUCCUGCAGCUGUUCACGGCGGACUCUCCGCCUGUGGGCCCCUUGUUGAAUAUGUUACAAAAACUCGUGGAUAACGCGCAGUCUUGCACCCCGGAUUUUGAAUUAAGUUUCCCAAUACAAUUAGAAGAAAAUGCCUUUGAGGAGUCGAAAAACUUAGUGGAAGAGACUGCAGUUCGCAGAAAGUCGACCGACGUGAACACAAGUCAAUUGCAACAAGCACAUCAGCGAAACGAGGGCGCGGGCGCUUGUGGGCGGUGGCGCUGCGCGGCGCGCUGCAGGCUGCAGGGUGCGGGCUGGGCGCCCUGGCUGCAGGGCUUCGCCGUAGUGCUGUGGCUGCAGCUGCUCUCCGACGAUAAAACACAAGGGACAGAGGAGGCAGAAGGCGACGGAGAGCAGGCGCGACGUCGCGCUGCCGAGAGCGACGAGCAGCUCGACGAGCAGCGCGACGAGCGGUUCGGUGAGCGCGCCGACUCACACAAGGUUUCGCACGUGCUGUCGCUCGGACACGAUUCGCUCAUGUUUGAGCUCUGGCUGCACCCAGCUACCGGCGGGUUGUAUGUGCGACUGUCGCGGGGCGGCGUCGUGCUGUGCAGCGGUCGCGCUGCGUGCGCGCUGCCGGCGCGGCGCUGGGCGUGCCUCGCGCUCAACGUGCGCGAGCUGGUGCUGCGCCGCCGUCUGCACGUGCAGGUGGGUUGUGAGCUGUGGGCUGUGGGCACUACUGUCACGGCGCGGCGUCGUGCUAUGCAGCGGUCGCGCUUCGUGCGCGCUGCCGGCGCGGCGGUGGGCGUGCCUCGCGCUCCCCGUGCGCGCGCUGGUGCUGCGCGGCCGUCUGCACGUGCAGGUGGGUUGUGGGCUGUGGGCUGUGGGCACUACUGUCACGGCGCGGCGUCGUGCUGUGCAGCGGUCGCGCUGCGUGCGCGCUGCCGGCGCGGCGCUGGGCGUGCCUCGCGCUCAACGUGCGCGAACUGGUGCUGCGCCGCCGUCUGCACGUGCAGGUGGGUUGUGAGCUGUGGGCUGUGGGCACUACUGUCACGGCGCGGCGUCGUGCUGUGCAGCGGUCGCGCUGCGUGCGCGCUGCCGGCGCGGCGCUGGGCGUGCCUCGCGCUCAACGUGCGCGAACUGGUGCUGCGCCGCCGUCUGCACGUGCAGGUGGGUUGUGGGCUGUGGGCUGUGGGCACUACUGUCACGGCGCGGCGUCGUGCUAUGCAGCGGUCGCGCUACGUGCGCGCUGCCGGCGCGGCGCUGGGCGUGCCUCGCGCUCAACGUGCGCGAACUGGUGCUCUGCGCCGCCGUCUGCACGUGCAGGUGGGUUGUGGGCUGUGGGCUGUGGGCACUACUGUCACGGCCCGGCGUCGUGCUGUGCAGCGGUCGCGCUGCGUGCGCGCUGCCGGCGCGGCGCUGGGCGUGCCUCGCGCUCAACGUGCGCGAACUGGUGCUGCGCCGCCGUCUGCACGUGCAGGUGGGUUGUGGGCUGUGGGCUGUGGGCACUACUGUCACGGCGCGGCGUCGUGCUGUGCAGCGGUCGCGCUGCGUGCGCGCUGCCGGCGCGGCGCUGGGCGUGCCUCGCGCUCAACGUGCGCGAACUGGUGCUGCGCCGCCGUCUGCACGUGCAGGUGGGUUGUGGGCUGUGGGCUGUGGGCACUACUGUCACGGCGCGGCGUCGUGCUGUGCAGCGGUCGCGCUGCGUGCGCGCUGCCGGCGCGGCGCUGGGCGUGCCUCGCGCUCAACGUGCGCGAACUGGUGCUGCGCCGCCGUCUACACGUGCAGGUGGGUUGUGGGCUGUGGGCUGUGGGCACUACUGUCACGGCGCGGCGUCGUGCUGUGCAGCGGUCGUGCUGCGUGCGCGCUGCCGGCGCGUCGCUGGUCGUGCCUCGCGCUCAACGUGCGCGAGCUGGUGCUGCGCCGCCGUCUGCACGUGCAGGUGGGUUGUGGGCUGUGGGCUUGGGCACUACUGUCACGGCGCGGCGUCGUGCUGUGCUGCGGUCGCGUUGCGUGCACGCUGCCGGCGCGGCGCUGGGCGUUUCUUGCGCUCAACGUGCACGGUACUGGCUGCCGGUGCGGUGCUGGGCGUGCCUCGCGCUCAACGUGCGCGAGCAGGUGCUGUGCCGCCGGCUGCACAUGCAGGUCACAUUCUACUUGAACGGACGCGAAUGCGAUACAGUCUCUCUACCGUUACAAGGCAUCCUGGUGCGCAAGGCGACGCCGACGAGUUUGCUGCUGGGGCAUGCGGUGGCGGGCGCGGCGGCGAGCUGGCAGCUGGGCUCGCUGCGCGUGCUGCGCGCGCCCGUGCUCACCGCGCACACGGCGCUGCACCUCGCUGCACAUGGACCAGACCACGCUUGCGAGGUGCGAUGUGAAGAGCCUAAUUUUGCUGCCAUAAUGACGCCCGAAAUUUUGGAAAUGAACAUCGAUUGGGAUCAGGUGCAUGAGCUGGAGGCUGGUGCGCUGCACGCGCUGCAGGCAGCGCUGCUGCUGCAGCUGGCGCCGCACGAGCCGUGCGCCGCGCGCCUCUACCCGCCGCCCGCCCCGCAACAGCCCUCCGCGCCGCCCGCCCCGCCCACUGCAUUCGGUGGACGCAGCAGUGUAGGCGUCCCGGAAACUUUGCACGUGGAGUGGUUCGGACGAGCGCGAGUUCACCAGCGUAAAGGUUUUGCACCAGCAUUGUUGUUGUUGGGAGGACCCGAACUUCUGUUCUACCUCUUUGCUAGGGUGGUGGAGUUGAAUGGCGACGCGAGCUUGCAAGCCGGUGCGCUGCGAGUGGCGCUGCGGGCGGGGCGCGGCGAUGCGCGCGUUCGCGCUGCGCUGCUGCGGCCGCGCACGCUGCGCCUUCUGCUGCCCGUUCUCGCCUCACCGCGCUGCCGCGUCUCCGCGCAGCUGCUGCAGGUGUGCGCCGCCAGACACACGCACAUCCACACGCACUCCACCCGACUUAUACUCCUUUUUAUCAUUACAUGUUCGCUUGUCUGCGAGUGGGUUCUGAGGCAGGUGAUUCUGGAGGCGGCGUGCAGCAGCUCUCCGCUGGUGGUGAGCGGCGGCGCGGUGCGGCUGCGGGCGCGCGCCCACUGCGCGCUGCUGGAGCCGCGCCCGCUGCUGCUGCUGCUGCGCGCCUGGCCGCACCUGCACGACGUGCCGGUGUCGUGGGAAGAGGAGGGCGCUAGCGUUGGUGCCGGUGGCGGUGUGCAGCAGGGGUCGGUGUGGGGGCUGGCGCUGCGCUGUUGCUGCGCGCUGCUGGACGGGCCGCAUCGUGCCUUCAACCAGCAGCAGGCGAAUCGCGCUGCGCUGCUGCGGCACUUGCUGCUCGCUUGCAAGGAGCGGUUCCUGAACUCGGACAGCGGGCCGCUGGGCGCGGCGGCCAGCAGCAGCUUGGUGCAGCUGGCGCGGGCGUUGCUGGGAUCGCCGCCGCUUCUGCAGCACCUCGCGCUGCUUGCAGACUUCCUGCUGCUCAUGCAUCAGGCAAGCGACACGUUCGUCACGCACUCUCGCGCCAACUUCUAUUUUCUCCUUACCGCGGAGACACCAGAGGCGAGCGAAUUCAACAUCCUCACGUUCAUGAACAAGCGCAAAAACAAGGAGUACAAGCUGAAGAGGGACUUCGAGAGCCUCACGCUCAACGAUGCCACUGAAGAUGCGGCGGAUCUAAGCGACAGCAACCUCACACCGCUGAAGGAUCUGUCUGCGAGCCGCGACACGGAGAACGACAGGACCGACGUGGAGAGUAGCACCGAGUCCACUAAGGAGAUGAAGGGCAUCAUUAAUCAACAAAUCAAGGAGAGCAGAACAGAAAAUGGAACGGCAAUUCAGAACAAAGAAGCUCCUGAGGUAAGCGGUGCUGGUGGCGAGAGAGGGCAGAGCGCAGAAAGUACGGAGGUGCCGAACGGAUACGUGGUGGUGGAGGAGGACGAGCUACGCCACACCACCGUCGAGCUCUACACCGGUGGCAUCUACCACCAGCGGCGAGUACGAGCGGGAGCAGAGCCGGGCUGGACGGCAUGCGCCGGGCUGCUGUUGCUGCUGCGGGACGCGCUCGCAGCGCUGCCCGACCCGCUGCUCGCUGAGGCGUUACGCGGAGCGCUGCAGGCGGAAAACCUGGUGGUGCUGGCCAACCAUCGCAGCGCCAGCGUGCGCAGCGCAGUCGUGCGCUGCGUGUGCGUGCUGCAGCGUCGCGCGCCGCACGCUCUGCUCGCCACGCCCGCCGCCGGGCACUACUACCUGCAUCUCGCCGACCAGAUUUCUCUAUACCCUGGUUCUUGGGAGCUGGCUACGGCAUGUGCUGCACUGCUCACUAAAUGCGACGUUUCAUUAGAAGAUCAACUGGACGACGACAUCUGGAUAGACGUGGGCGAAGACGUGGCGCAGCGUGGCGCUCCGCUGCUGGCGCUGCUGCCCACCUGCCUACACCUGGUGCCGCUGGCGCACAACGUGACGCUGCUGCUGCGCCGCCUCGUGCAAAAGGCAUCCUUGAGAGCACUCUCAGAGAUCGCGUUAGUGGAAGUGGUGCUCCGAGCCAUCCGAGACAUUGGCCACAUGGAGGACAAUUUCGAAGGGCGCGAGCUAUUGCUGGAGGAUCUUCAUGGGCUGCUGAAUAAAGUAGCGAUUAAAGCCCUGGAAAGCAAUCACGGCAUGCAGACAGUGAUAGAGAUGGAGCACCAGCUGCAGUACGUGCAGCAGAGCGCGCGCGGUGCUGCUGCAGCGAGAGUACGACGCGAAGCGCGCGCAGCGCUGCGCUCGUUGCUGCUGGCGCAGCUCGACCACCUGGAGGCGCGCCUCGCUUCGCCCCACGCACACGUACAGACGCACGCCAACUACUUCGCCAACGUGCUGGGCGCGGAGGCGGGCUGGGCGAGCGGGGCGGGCUCGGUGGGCGCGCGUCUGGGCGGCGCGGUGACGCGCGCGCUGCAGCUGCUGCUGGCGCGCUCGCCGCGUGCUAACUUGCGCGACGACGAGCCGCUGUUCCGCCGUCUGCUCGCCACGCUGCUGCGAGGUGCUGGUGGUGACGGCAGCGAGGGGCGGGCGCGAUGGUGGGCGGGGUGGAGCGCGGAGUGCGGCGCGCGACUGCAGGAGCUGUUCUGGUGGGCGGGCGCGCCGGCGCCGGGCGCGCGAGCGCUGCAGCCAGCCCUGCUGCGCGCGUUGUACGCCGCGUCGCGAGCUGCACUGGCACACCUCGCGCCGCGUGACCCCGCCGCCAUGCGCAAGCUGGCGGUGUACCUGCUGUCGAUGCUGCAACAGGUGCAUGCGGCGAGUGAGGGCGGCGCGCCGGCAGUUGAGCUGGCCAUCACGGACUGGGCGCGCGGCUGGGCCGUAGCCACGCAGGCCGAGCUGGCCGAGCGCCUGCCCAGCGCCGCACUGCCGCACGAGGCCGAACGCUUCCUGCGGGAGGACGAGGAGCGCUGGCGUCGCCCUGCAGUAGCACACCGCCAGCGCACUGCCAUAGCCAAGGCGGUGUUCGGGCGGGAGACGUUGGCGUUACGCGCGACGGAGACAGCCAUGGCGGUGACGCGACGAGUAGUGGAGGCGCAGAACGCCGAGCGCAAAGCGUUCCUCGAGCACUUGCGCACCGCACAAGCGCACCACGCGGCCGCCGCGCAGCGCUGGCAGCUGCUCGUCGACACGUACGCACACGAGCGCGGCGUGUGGCACAGCCCGCGUGGCUGGCCGGCCGCGUGGCAGCUGGACAGUACGGAGGGGCCGGGGCGCGUGCGCGUGCGCCUGCGCCGCGCGCACCUGCGCCUGCCCGCGCGCUUCCUGCAGCCGCACGCGAGGUAUAAGGCAGAGGCGGCGCUGCAACCGGGCCCCCUGCGUGGCGUGCUGGGGGGAGUGCUGGGGAGUGGGAAGGGCUGCGCGCGGGGCGGGUGGUGGGGUGGCGGGCUGGCGGCGCGCCUGGCGCCCGGGGAGAGCGUGUCCUUCAUGGCGCGAGUCGUGCACGUCACCGUGGCCAGCGAGACGCCCGGCGAGCUGCUGCUCAGCGACCGGUGCAUCCACUUUGUGCCGGAGUGCAGCGAAGAGGAGGGUGAGGGUGCGGGAGGUGGCACGGGCGUGAUAGGCGGGGCGGAGGGGUGCGAGGCGCAGUCGUGGGCGCUGGGCAGCGUGGCACGCGUGUGCGCGCGGCGCUGGUGCCUGCAGGAGCGCGCCGCUGAGCUGUUCCUGUUGUCCGGACACGCGCACCUGCUGGCCUUCACUGACACGCCCGAGCGGGACGCCUUCCUGCACGCGCUCAACGCUGCACACCUGCCCAACAGAACAGAGCCAGAAAGCUUAUCAGAAGUGAUGAACCAAUGGCGGAACGGCACCAUCACCAACUGGGAAUACCUGAUGGCGCUAAACGGGCUCGCUGGACGGUCUUACAACGAUCUGAUGCAGUACCCCGUGUUUCCCUUCAUCAUCGCCGACUAUACCUCCAAAAUCCUUGACCUGAAUGACCCCACUUCGUUUCGAGACCUCAGCAAACCCAUGGCCGUACAAAACAAGAAUAGAGAGCAACAUUAUAUAAAUACUUAUAACGACCUUAAAGCGGCCCGGCGCGAAGGCUGCAGCCCGUUGCUGUCGCGGCAGCCGCACCACUACGCCUCGCUGUACUCCAACUCGGGUGGCGUACUGCACUACCUGGUGCGAGUGCCGCCCUUCACUGAGCUCUUCCUCAACUACCAAGACAACAACUUCGACAUGCCAGACCGCACGUUCCACUCGAUGGCGACCACGUGGCGCCUUAUCACCAACGAUUCGCCCACGGACGUCAAGGAACUCAUCCCGGAGCUUUUCUAUCUGCCUGAGCUGUUUUACAACAAUGAAGGUCUGGAGCUGGGCGUGCGGCAGUGCGGCGCGCGCGUAGACAGCGUGGAGCUUGCGCCCUGGGCAGUUGAUGCUCGUAUGUUCACGCUGGCGCACCGCCAGGCUCUGGAAGCGCCGCUCGUCACCGAGCGCCUGCCGCUUUGGAUCGACCUGGUCUUCGGCUACAAGCAGACCGGCCAGCCCGCUGUUGACGCCAUCAACGUCUUCCCAGCAUGCACGUAUUAUGGAUUCGACCCGACCGCUUUGGAAGAUGAGGUGGACCGCACGGCUGCUGCGGCGAUGGUGCGCACGUACGGGCAAGCGCCACGCCAGCUGCUGCGCACACCCCACCCGCACGUCGCGAGGGACUUGCUGCCACGAAAGCAGGGGGAGGUAAUGGCGGGCGUGUCGGGCUUGCAGUGGGGGCGCUACUGCGGCUCGCCGGCGCUGGGCCCGCCCGCGGUAUCGGCGCAGCGUCAAUGCGGCGCUGUGCGAGUGCAGCCGCUGCCCGCGCGCCGCGCUGCCGCCGCCUGCCGCGAGCGUACCGCGCUGCUGCCGCUACCGCCGCCGAAAGAGGAGGGCGGUGCUGGUGGUGGGAGUGGGGGUGGUGCAUUCGGGCUGGUGUCGUGGGGGCACGCGGACGGCACGCUGCGGCUGCGGCGGCGCCGCGACACAGCGCCCGAGCCACUGCUGCAUGUGCCCGCUAUCGACCAGAUUACAGAGGUGUGCACGACGUGCGAGGUGGGCGCGUGGGCGUGGACGGCGUUCGUGGGACUAGCGUCGGGGCGGGUACUGGCGCUGCGGCUGGGUGGCGCGGGGAGCGGGGCGGAUGGUGGGGUUGGCGGCAGCGAGGUGCGGCAGCUGGUGGCGCACAGCGCGCCCGUGGCGGCGCUGUGCGCGUGCACACCCGCCGCGCUACUCGUGUCCGCGGACCGCGCCGGCCGCAUAGUGCUGUGGGACCUCAACCGCCUGACGUACAUCCGUACGCUGCCGAACCGCGAGCGGCUGCCCGUCACGCACGUGGCGGUGAGCGAGACGCUCAGCGACGUGGCCACCGUGCACGAGCUGCGCCCGCGCACUCGCACGAGCGGUGACCGAGAGGAUACCGACAAAGAUGCAGAUGCAGACGUCGAAGCCGACGCAGACGUCGACUCGGACACAUACGAACGGGAUGCGAUAGACAAAUACCAGUCCUUGAUACGUGUGCACACGGUCAACGGGCGCUUCGUCGGUAGCGUGAAGGUGCCGGAAGUAGUGACGUGCGUAUGCUACUCAAACGCGGCAGAAGGCGCCAGCGUGAAUUGCGUGGCGGCGGGGCUGCGCUCGGGCGAGGUGCGGCUCUACAGCAGCUGGGAGCUGCGGCCCGUGCGCACGCUGCCGCCGCCGCUGCACGCGCCGCCGCACGCACCUCCGCCGCUGCUCAGCGUGGCGUUCAGCGGGGACGCGCAGGUGCUGUUCGCGUGCUACUCGGGCGGGCUGCUGCUGGCCUGGGAGCCCGAGCCGCACCCCCGCCCCGCGCCGCGCCUCGUGCCCGCGCACGCGCUGCUGUGA